AGUUCGAGAGGUGUGUGAGCUACUGAUUAUAUCAUUUUAGGAAAUUUAAAAAUAAAAUGUCAAUAUUUACGCCAGACCAUGAAAAAUUGAAGUAAUUUUUCUAUUAUUUAGUAUAUUAUGUGGACGUUGUCAUGCAAAUCUUUUUUCUUGAAUUACGUGCUUAUAAAUUCGAGAAAUUUUCAAGUGAAAUCUACUUUCUGUGUAAUCUAAUCCACUAUCUUAUCUAUCAAUCUUGUCAAGCAAUUUGUAUUAAUUUAUCAAUAUAAUUUUUAAAUAAACCAAAACAAGACAUUUUAUUUUUUAUAUAAAAAGGUGAAUUACUAAAAUGCAUUUUUGGAUCAUAUACUUGAAUAUAGUUGUGCUAGCAAUCAAAGACACGAGUGCAAUAAAUGCUCUUGAAUCAAAAACAUAUUUAAGAAAUGAAAUUACCACAAAAUCAGAGGGAACAACGGAUGAAAAAACUACGGUUCCAGAAACCACAACAAAAUCAGAGACAACUACUGACGCAGAAACCCCAACACAUUCACAGGCAACCACUGAUGGAGAUACCACAACCAAAUCAGAAAGAACAACAGAAGAAGAAAACACAACACAAUCACAAGGAACCACUGAUUCAGAAACCACAACAAAAUCAGAGAUAACUACCGAGGCAGAAACCACAACACGUUCACGGGGAACCACUGAUGGAGAAACUACAACACCAUCAGAGAAAACAACAGAUGAAGAAACCACAACAUACUCGCAAGUAACCACUGAUGCUGAAACGACAACCAAAUCAGAGGGAACCACUGAUGCAAAAAGCACAACAAAAUCAGAGGGAACCACAAAUGCAGAAACGACAACAAUAUCUGAGCAAACAACAGAUGAAGAAAGCACCACAAAAUCAGAGGGAACUACUGAUGCAGAAACCACAACAAAAUCAGAGGGAACCACUGAUGCAGAAACCAAAACAAAUUCAGAGGGAACCACUUAUGUAGAAAGCACAACAAAAUCAGAAGGAACCACAAAUACAGAAACGACAACAAUAUCUGAGCAAACAACAGAUGAAGAAAGCACAACAAAAUCAGAGGGAACUACUGAUGCAGAAACCACAACAAAAUCAGAGGGAACCACUGAUACAGAAAGCACAACAAAAUCAGAGGAAACCACAAAUGCAGAAACGACAACAAUAUCUGAGCAGACAACAGAUGAAGAAAGCACAACAAAAUCAGAGGGAACUACUGAUGCAGAAACCACAACAAAAUCAGAGGAAACCACGAACGCAGAAACGACAACAAAUUCCCAGUUAACCAUUGAUGAAGAAACCACAACAAAUUCUGAGAGAACAACUGAUACUGAUAGCACAUCAACAUCUCCUAGAACUAUGACUAUAACAACUCCAAAACCAUAUAGUUUAGGUACAGAUAAUAUAACUUGGCACCCAACUUCCACUGAAAAUAUAAUUAUCCAUACUGAGGAUGGUUAUAAAAUUGCUGCAACUAUAGAAGAAUGUGAAAUCGAAGAAUAUGGAUUUGCUAAUUUUACUACUGGUAAAAUUGGUGAAGCUGUAUUGAUAGCAUAUUAUGUGACUCAACAUCCUGCUGUUCUCUACAAUCAUAAUUUAUUAUACGCUCAUUUCAAUGGUUCUUCAUCAAGUAACUUUACAGUGGUUUUCACAAGAAUUGGCGAACCGAUAACUACGACUACGACAGAAGCAACAACAACGACGCAAUUCCUACCGACGCCCAGUGUAACCGACUCAUAUGAAUUAGUUGUUCAUUUAACUGGACUGGAUCCAUUUGAAUACAGACAUUUAGAUGUAUUGAUCGCAUUUAAGGAAAUGAUUGCAAGCAUGGCUUGCGAGUAUUGCCAGAAUAAUAAUAUUGAACUGAUAGAUGCUAUAACUACAAACAACGUGAAAAUUAUAGGAAUUUUACAAUGUACCAAUGGUUGGCCCACUUGUAAUCCUUGUGUUGAAGUUAGAUUCGCUUUGCCCAUAAAUAUGAAAGAAAAUAUUUUUUGGAAUGGCUACCAAUUAAAUUCGACUCAUCUCCAAAUCAUGUGGGAGAGAUAUUCACAAAAAUAUCUCGGUAUGGGUAUAGCUUCGUGUGAACAGGAAAAUAUAAAUAAUUGGAUUAAAUGGAAUAUUGUUUGGAUUUCAUGUAUUACAGGAUUGAUUCUGUUAUUUCUACUGAUACUAAGAUAUGCCUUUAACAAAAUGGCCAAAAAUGCUGCGAGAUCCAACAGAGAGUUUAGUGAUCAAACUCGGAUUUCAGCAAAUGAAGAAAAAACGUACGACAUUGAAUUAACUCAGCAUUAUCUACAAGACAUGCCAAAAUUAUUUGACAAUGCAUAUUCGAUGUACAAUCCCGAUGUUGGUGUAUCAAAUUUUGGAUUUGACGAUUUUGAGCCAGUGCACAUAGAAAGCAUUGUAAGUGACGAUGAAGAUGAUGCAGAAGUAAGCUGUGCAUAAUUUAGAUUUAAGCGAAUAUGUAGAAAAUUGUAAUAUUUUAUAAGAGUAUAUAUAAUCGUUAACCAUUA